GGCACCUGGGAAGAGGCGGAGAACAAUAUGGCGGAUGGCGAGGAGCCGGAGAAGAAAAGAAGGAGAAUAGAGGAGCUGCUGGCUGAGAAAAUGGCUGUUGAUGGUGGGUGUGGGGACACUGGAGACUGGGAAGGUCGCUGGAACCAUGUAAAGAAGUUCCUCGAGCGAUCUGGACCCUUCACACACCCUGAUUUCGAACCGAGCACUGAAUCUCUCCAGUUUUUGUUAGAUACAUGUAAAGUUCUAGUCAUUGGAGCUGGCGGCUUAGGAUGUGAGCUCCUGAAAAACCUGGCAUUGUCUGGUUUUAGACAGAUUCAUGUUAUAGACAUGGACACUAUAGAUGUUUCCAAUUUAAAUAGACAGUUUUUAUUUAGGUUUUCAUUAACACUUAAAAUCACAAAGAGAAUUCCUUUACUUGUAUUUAGACAUUUCAACAAGAUUCAAGAUUUUAAUGACACUUUCUAUCGACAAUUUCAUAUUAUUGUGUGUGGAUUGGACUCUAUCAUAGCCAGACGAUGGAUAAACGGCAUGCUGAUAUCUCUGCUAAAUUAUGAAGAUGGUGUGUUAGAUCCAAGCUCCAUUGUCCCUUUGAUAGAUGGGGGGACAGAAGGUUUUAAAGGAAAUGCUCGGGUGAUUUUGCCUGGGAUGACUGCUUGCAUUGAGUGUACACUGGAACUUUAUCCACCACAGGUUAAUUUCCCCAUGUGCACCAUUGCAUCCAUGCCCAGGCUGCCAGAACACUGCAUUGAGUAUGCAAGGGUGUUGCAGUGGCCUAAAGAGCAGCCUUUUGGAGAUGGGGUUCCAUUGGAUGGCGAUGAUCCUGAGCAUAUUCAGUGGAUUUUCCAAAAAUCUCUAGAGAGAGCAUCACAAUAUAAUAUUAGAGGUGUUACCUAUAGACUCACUCAAGGAGUAGUAAAACGAAUAAUUCCUGCAGUAGCUUCCACGAAUGCAGUCAUUGCAGCUGUGUGUGCCACUGAGGUUUUUAAAAUAGCCACAAGUGCAUACAUUCCCCUUAAUAAUUACUUGGUAUUCAAUGAUGUAGACGGGCUGUAUACAUACACAUUUGAAGCAGAGAGAAAGGAAAACUGUCCAGCUUGUAGUCAGCUUCCUCAAAAUAUUCAGUUUUCUCCAUCAGCCAAACUACAAGAGGUUUUGGAUUAUCUAACAAAUAGUGCUUCUCUGCAGAUGAAAUCUCCAGCUAUCACAGCCACAUUAGAGGGGAAAAAUAGAACACUUUACUUACAGUCAGUGACUUCUAUUGAAGAACGAACAAGGCCAAAUCUUUCUAAGACAUUGAAAGAAUUAGGACUUGUUGAUGGACAAGAACUGGCGGUUGCUGAUGUCACCACACCACAGACUGUUCUGUUCAAACUUCAUUUUACUUCUUAAGAAACAUAAAUCUGCACAUAAUAGAAAACUCAUAGAAAUAAUAUUACUUCAUGGAAGCUAAAGAAUUAAAGGGUGGGGAAGGUGGGGUGAAGGGAAGUUCCCCUCAAAAUAUGUCAUUUUUAACAUUAGUUUUGCUGGAAUUUCAUAUAUAUAUGUAUAUAUAUAUACACACACACACACACACAUCUAUAUAUAUAUAUAUACAUAUAUAGUGAGUGACAUUUUUUUUUUUAACUUUAUAAUGUCAUUUGAGGACAGAAUGUUGGGGCUGGUGCUUGUAAACAUUGUCAUUAUUGAUACCAGAAACGAUGCCUGCAGAGAUUAUGAGCAAAUGUAUUGUUUCUUUUAGAGAAGGGGGUAGAUACUCUUAUUUUAUGUGGAUUUUCUUAUGGUCAAAGAACGCAUUCCUCAUAUGAGCAGCUUCAUGUAAAACAUAUCUGUGUCCUGUAAUAGAAAUAAGAAAUUAGGUUUUCAAAUACAUUAAAUACUAUACCCUCACAUCUAGAGUAUAUCUUACCAUAGGCUAUUUCUUGAUUUAAUAUACACUUAAUUGUGGUUGCCCAAAGUGUAAAUUAAUUAUUGCAGAGUUUAUCUUAUCUGUAAUGAUUUGUAAACAGUAUUAUAGCUGAGUAUCUGUUCCUGAAAAUAGGAAAUAUUUUCAUGUGUUUCUUUGCAGUGCCAUAGAGGCCAAUAUGCACAAAUUUAAGCCAAGGCAUGGCUGUUUAAAAAUUUAAUAUUUAAACAGUUAUUGUUGAUGCUUUUGCACUAUUUAUUAAUAAAAUUAUACAUUGUCUACUUUUUC